UCUUGCACUGAUGCAGAGCCCCCAUCUUAUCCCCCUGGUACCUCAAAAUUUGGUGUAUAUUUUCAAACACAAAUGAAGGUUCUCCUGAAUGGCUUCUGAUUCCUUCAACAGGAGCUCCUCCUCCUUCAUCCUGGUGGGUGUCCCUGGCCUGGAAGCUUUCUCCACCUGCCUGGGCAUCCUUUUCUGCUCGGCCUACGUCCUUGCCAUGGUAGGAAACGGGGCGGUUUUGCUGGUCCUGGGGCUGGACAAGACCCUGCAGGCCCCCACCCAUUGCUUCCUGGCCAUGCUGGCGGCCACCGACGUGGUCAUGGUGACGUCCGUCGUGCCCAAGAUGCUGAGCGUGUUCUGGCUGGGCUCUGCUGAGAUUGGCUCCACGGCCUGCUUUGUGCAGAUGUUCCUGGUUCACUCCGCGACGGCUGAGGAGUCGGGGGUGCUGCUGGCCAUGGCCGUCGACCGCUACGUUGCCAUCUGCCACCCUCUCAGGUACCACGGGCUCCUGAACGGCCGGCGCGUGUCCCAGAUCGGCCUGGCCGUGGUGCUGAGGGCUGUCCUCUGCAUGGUGCCCCUGACGGGGCUGCUGACGUCCGUGCCCUACUGCGGCUCCCGCCUGGUGCCCCACUCCUACUGCGAGCACGUGGCCGUGGCCAGCCUGGCCUGCACCGGCCCCGGGGCCAGCGGCCUCUACAGCGUGGCCGUGUCCUCCCUGCUGGUGGGGAUGGACGUGGCUUUCAUUGCCGCGUCCUACGGGCUGAUCCUGAGAGCCGUCCUGGGGAAGGAGUCCCUCGGGAAGGCCCUGAGCACCUGCGGGUGCCACCUGUGCGUGGUGCUGCUGUUCUACGUGCCCGGGAUCGUGUCCAUCUACUGCCAGCGGUUCCCUGGCGCCGCGCCCGCGCGGGUCCUGCUGGCCGACCUGUACGUGGCCGUGCCCGCCGCGCUCAACCCGCUGGUGUACGGCGUGAGGAGCGGGCAGAUCCGCCGGGCCCUGCUCGCAGCGCUCUUGCCCAGGAAGGUGUGGAUUUCCAUCCCGUUCUGCAUCACUGGCAUCGUGGCUGUGCUGGGAGACAUCCUGGUGCUCCUGGCCGUGCUCCUGGCCGUGCUCCUGCACGAGCCCACGUUCUGUUUCACUGCCGUGGUGGCCAUCAUCGACCUCAUCCUCUCCACUGCCGUCAUUCCCAAGAUGCUGGGCGUGUUCCUUUGGCCAAUGCACUCCUCCCUUCCAAGAUACCACUUGGAAAUCAUGGAAUUCCAGGAAGAGGAGCCCGAGCCCAGCAGGGACAGCAGAGUAACGAGCCUCAGGACAGUUCCAGCUGAGCCUCAGGAUGAUUGCAGCUCUGAGCCUCAGGACAGUUCCAGCUGA